AACAAAAUCCCACUUUUUCACCGACUCUGAACCGGACCUUCUCUUGCUAUUAUAUGCCUUUUGACGGGCUCAAGUAAACCUGGACAGCUUUUACUGAAGAAAGAGAAACACGUGCCAGAUCUCGGCUCACUAUAAAUCGGAGUUCUGAGGCUGUUUUUGGAUGUGGGUCUAACCAAGCAGUCACGAAAACUCAGAGAGAGUCAUCAUGGCCGAGCUUGGGGUUGUGUUGGAUGAAAAAAGGAGGUUGAAGAAGGGCGCUUGGAGUGCGGAGGAAGAUCAAAAGCUCACUGCUUACAUCAAGAGGCAUGGCAUUUGGAAUUGGAGCCGAAUGGCUGAACCAGCAGGACUGAGAAGAAGUGGGAAAAGUUGCCGACUUCGGUGGAUGAAUUAUCUGAGGCCCAACCUUAGACAUGGAAAUUUCACCAAAGAAGAGGUGGAAACCAUCAUCAAGCUUCAUGAAUUUCUGGGAAACAAAUGGUCUGCAAUCGCAUCAAAACUCGACGGAAGGACGGACAAUGAAGUGAAGAAUUACUGGAACACACGCUUGAAGAAGCAGUUCAAGGGAAAAUCGAUGCAAAAGCCUAGAAAAUCCGAAGCUGCAAGGGUGUGUGACAGUGUCGACGCCAAUCAUGAGAGUUCAUCUCAAGAGGAAGCGGGAAGCUCAACUCCCACCUCAACUCCAGUGCAAUUGUCGAAUCUCGGAGAUUUUACCGGAAAUCAGACAUCAAGCCCAGAGAACUUCGGCUCAUUGAGCUCUAAUCAAGCCAUCGGAGUCCUUGGGGACAAGGGAAACUCCUUUGACAACAAUCUGUGUUCAUCAUAUGUGGAUGAUGAAGUUCAAAGCUAUUUGUGGGCACAAAACUUUUCAGUGGAAGAUGCACACAUGGUACAAGAUGUAGGUGCUUUGUUCAUGGACUCGACGGCUACUGUAUUGUAUCCUGGGUGGCCUCUGGAGAUGGCCUCUUCUGCUUCCUUAGAAGAUUUCGCCGUUAAUUUGUGGGAAAAUUGAAGACCAUCCAUUCAUGCUCACAAGCUGCCUAGUAUUUAUUUGUUGUUAUGUUUUGAAUACUAGUAUUUGUUUGAACGUACAGAAUGGUAGUUCACGCCCUAAUAAAGUGGAGGAAGUAUGAUUCUCUACAAGGUUGUGAAGCUAGCUAUGCAAGUUAUGUAAACUGAGGACUGAAGCUGUCAUAUUGUAUACCAAAUGAUGGUCUUCUGAGAGUUUCACGCUAUUAGGUUUUGAAGAUUGAGAAUGUAAACGUCAUUUCCAUCAUGUAAGAGCAGUAUGUACGAGAGAUUCAAAGGAAAAAGAUAGGAAAUGAUCUCAUGUUCAUAUA